AUGAAGAACAAUUCUCCCAUGAACUACUUCACCGAGUCGUCCGAGGAGGACGACGAGGAGACGGUCAUGAUCAAAAAAGUGCAGCAGGACAACAAACUAUGGGACUCGUUCCAGGACCCGCCAAUGCCGCAGACAUCCGGUUCCGCCGUCAGCCGAGAGUACCUGCUGGUAUUCAUUAAGGGUCUGAAGGUGUUUACCUACAUCUUCGUGUUUCUGGUCAUCCUGGCCAGUGCGUGCUUUGCGAAAAUGUCCUUCCUGCUCAUGGUGUCCAACAUCAAGGAUGGGGCCAAGAAUCGUUACUGCGACGUAAGGCAACCCGACAAGCAGUUCGAAGCGUAUAUUCCUCGCGAGCAACGGGUCGCCUGGAUAUGGGCGCUCGUGUUUUCCUUCGCCGUGCCGGAAAUCGGUACCCUGAUUCGGGCGGCUCGCAUCUGCUUCUUCAAGAACAUUCCCCGUCCGACCUGGGGCCAACUGCUGUUGGUCGCCGUUAUGGAGGGAUUCCACGUAAUCGGCCUGGCAAUGCUGGCCUUUCUCGUCUACCCCAGCCUGGACGUCGUGAAGGCGGCGAUGCUCACCAAUUGCGUCUGUCUGGUUCCGGCCAUCUUGGGCUUGAUGUCUCGCUCACCCAGGGAAUCCAAAUUGGCCUUCAAGUAUUUUUUCGACCUACUGGCGAUCAGCGCCCAGCUCACCGGGUACGUCGUGUGGCCUCUGCUUAACAAUCAGUUCGAACUGUGGUUCAUCCCGGGCGCCAUCUUUCUCGUCUCCUGUCACUGGUGGGAGAACUACCUUUCGCAGAAGAGUCUAUUCCGACCCGGUGCCCUGCUGGCCACCGUGCGCGAGAAAUUGACCGACUGCCGCUACCAAACCUAUCUCCUGAUUGCGCCCUACAAGAUAGUACUGUUUCUCGGUGCCGCUAUUUUCCUCUCGGAACAAUCCGUGGCCGAUUUUUUCGGACUCUUCGACAGCGGGUGGGGCAACCACACAAUAACCGUCCGCGAGAUGGAAGCCGUCCUGAACGAAAAGUUUCCCGACCUUUCGUCCAUUACAUCCGACCUGGAAGAACAGCAAGUGUUCCCCGCGAGCAACGCCAUCAUUUGGACGACGGUCACCCACGUCCUGUGCUCCUACUUGUGCUACAUUUUCAGCAAGUUUGCGUGUAAAAUUCAAAUCCAAAGCUUUUCCAUGGCUUUUCCCAUCAAUCUGACCGUGCCGGUGACGGUGACGCUGCUGCUCGUCUUCUGCGGACUGCGAGAGGCGGACGUGUGCGCCUUCCAUAACAUCCUACCGGAUUACAUCUUCUUCCGGAUGCCACCGAUCUAUUAUCUCUUCGAUUAUGUCGUGAACGAAUUCUCGUGGUUGUGGUUGCUUUGGUUACUUUCUCAGACGUGGAUCACUCGGCACAUCUGGAUGGCCAAAAGUGAUCGAAACGCAUCGACAGAGAAACUCUUCGUGACGCCAAUGUACAACAGUCUCCUGAUAGACCAGAGUGUCGCUAUGAACCGGCGGCGAGAAGAUCAAGAAGAUUUCGUGAAAAAAAUUGAUAUGGUAAAAGUCAAGGAUACGGAAAAAGCGAACGAAAUCGAUGCAAAGGCACACGAAGGAAAGGAUGAUACAAUCAAACCGUACGAUCGCAUCCCGCAAAUUUUCAUUUGCGCAACGAUGUGGCACGAAAACAAAGAGGAGUUGAUGGAAUUCUUAAAGUCCAUCCUGCGACUGGACGAGGAUCAGUGCGCUCGUCGAAUGGCGAUGAAACACAUCCAAGCGAAUAAGGAUGAUAUCGAUCCGGACUAUUAUGAUCUGGAAACACACAUUUUCUUCGAUGAUGCGUUCGUGAACGACAAGUCAAAGUGCGAAAGUGCCGACGCAUCCCCGUUGAAUGUCUACGUCAAGGCACUCAUCAACCAUAUUGAAGAAGCCGCCCUUGAGGUGUACAAAACCAAGAUGCGCAUCUACUCUCCCACCAAGAUCGUCACUCCGUAUGGUGGUCGUCUCAUCUGGACACUACCAGGGCGGACGAAGAUGAUUGCGCACCUGAAGGACAAGAACAAGAUACGACACAAGAAGCGUUGGUCUCAGGUGAUGUACAUGUACUACCUCCUCGGAUAUCGGAUCAUGCAACUCAAUACGUCGCCGGAACGGAAGAUGGUGAUCGCCCAAAACACUUACCUGCUCGCCCUCGAUGGUGAUAUCGAUUUCCAGCCGAAUGCAGUCUCGCUUCUAGUCGGCCGGAUGAAGGUCGAUCCGGACCUUGGAGCGGCCUGUGGACGAAUUCACCCGGUCGGAGCGGGGCCGAUGGUUUGGUAUCAAAUAUUCGAGUACGCCAUCGGCCAUUGGCUGCAAAAGGCCACCGAACACGUGAUCGGUUGUGUGCUGUGCUCUCCCGGAUGUUUCUCUCUGUUCCGUGGACGCGCGCUGAUGGAGAACUCGGUCAUGAAGAAGUACACCACGAAGUCGGACCAGGCUCGCCACUACGUCCAGUACGAUCAGGGUGAAGAUCGAUGGCUGUGCACGCUUCUACUCAAGCAAAAGUUCCGUGUCGAAUACUCGGCCGCCUCGGACGCUUACACUCACGCCCCCGAGGGCUUCAACGAGUUCUACAACCAACGCCGUCGGUGGGUUCCAUCUACCAUUGCUAACAUCUUCGAUCUCCUGGCCGAUGCGAAGCGCGUCGUUAAGACCAACAACAGUAUUUCGAUGCCAUACAUUGUCUACCAGUGCAUGCUGAUGUUCGGAACGAUCCUCGGACCGGGCACAAUCUUUCUCAUGAUGGUGGGAGCGUUGGUAGCCGUGUUCCGUAUCGACAUCUGGACUUCCUUCCUAUGGAACGGAGUCCCUCUGGCGGGGUUCAUGGCCAUUUGCUACUGGAUGGAGCAGAAGUACCAGCUGAUUGCGGCCUUCUUCAUCUCGGCCAUCUACUCGCUGGUCAUGAUGGCCGUCCUUGUCGGUAUCGUGGUGCAGGUGAUGGAGGACGGUAUCCUUGCUCCCUCGUCUGUGUUCUUUCUCGCCGUCGCACUGCAGAUCGUCAUCACUGGCGUGUUGCACCCGCAGGAAAUGGAAGCGCUUCCGGCCGGCCUGGUCUACUACAUCACCAUCCCCUCGAUGUACAUGUUGCUCGUCAUCUACUCCGUGUUCAACAUGAACGACGUUUCGUGGGGCACUCGUGAGAAUCCGGUCGAUGCCGCCAAGAAAGCACCCCCACCGACGGCACCCCAAGGGAAGAUGCAAAAGUUGCUCGGAUACCUCAAGUCACCGGACAAGGAGGAGAACGGCUCGAUCGACAUCUCCAUAAACGGCCUGUUCCGUUGUCUGUUCUGCACGCAUCCCAAACCGAGCGCCGAAAAGGAACAGAUUGCUCAAAUCGCUGCCUCGCUCGGUGAAAUAAGUCUGAAAAUGAAGGCACUAGAAAUGAAAUUAACCGGUGGCGUCAGCGUAAUGAGAUCAGACGACGAAGAUGACGACAUCGGUAGCCUCGAGGGUAGGGGCCCUUCGUCGCCUUCGUCCACAUCCGGGGCCGCUUCGCCGAUUCAAACGGUGAAAAAUGAUUCGCUCGAAGAGCCCGAGAAACAGAUCAACUACCUCCCGGAUUGGCUGUACGAUGUGGACCUGAAAAAUGGCGACACAGAAACCAUCUCCGCAACGGAAGAGCAAUUCUGGAUCGAGCUGAUCGAGAAGUACCUCAAGCCGCUCGAUCUUUCCGCAAAGCAAAAGGAAGAGAUGCAGUCCCAGCUGAAGACGUUACGCGAUCUGGCGGUGUUUGCGUUCGUGAUGGCAAAUGCGCUCUUUGUGCUCGUCAUCUUUCUUCUGCAGCUGAAAAAGCAAGAGCUGCACAUCGAGUGGUGGUUCAAUGUGAAGAAUAAGAUCAGUUUCGACGAGAGCACGGUGGAGAUUAUGAUCCGCCGGGAAUACCUGGAGCUCGAACCGAUCGGUCUCGUGUUUGUGUUGUUUUUCGGUCUGAUCCUCGUGAUUCAGUUCAUCGCCAUGUUGAUGCAUCGAUUCGGUACGAUAUCGCAGAUCCUCGCCUCGACCGAACUCAACUGGUACUGUUCGAAAAAGGCAAAGGAUAUGUCGCUGGAUGCUGAGCUACGCGAGAACGCAGUUGAGAUCGCCCGUCGUCUGCAACGUCCUAAACCACAAUGGGAUGAAGAGGAUCUGGAAGAUGAACAGAAGGCGAUAGGACGGCGCGACACGAUACACCGGAUUCUGUAUCAGCACAAGAACAAACAAGACUGGAGCAAUCUGGAGGCGAACUUCAAACGCAAUUACUACAAGGAGGGAGAGUUAGACCUGGGUCGUCGUCUAACACUGAGCCGCAAGACCCUGAAUGUGCUCGAUACACGACGCAAGUCGAUGGCGGAGCAAAGAAAGAUCCGAAAAUCCAUCAUCCGAGGCCAAAAUCCAUACGACACCACCGGAGAUCUCUGGUACCCGGAUGAGGCUCCAAGCCAGCAACCUUCUCCGCGAUCGCGAGGACCCGGUGGCUCGCCGGGAGGAAGAAGCUUUGGCCAGGGAAUGAACCAAUCGCCUCGCUACGAUGGUAACGGUGGCCGGAAGCGAAGUGGCAACGGAGCUCGACAGUCCGCCAACAGUGGUUUAGGUGCCGGAGGACGCACUAACUUUGCCUACCAGGUGGACGAUGACUUUGACGAUAACUUUUCCGACGAGGACCCCCGUGAUGCUAUGCAGUACCGUCGACCGACGGUUGAAAUGGAGAUGGCCGAACGUGCGAACCGACCUACGAAGAAUCGGAAGAGCCGUGUUGCCUUCGCCUGA